AUGCCACAGUUAGAUUUUGAAACGUUAGUUUCCGCCUUAUCCGGCGUCGCCACCGACCAUAAAAUCGCAUGCGAACCAACGGAAGAAUCACAAUCACAGCAUCAUCCCGAUUCACCGCCGGAAUCAUUUUGGCUCUCCAACGACGCGGAAUUCGAUUGGUUUGACAGAAACGCCGUUUACGAGCGAAACGAAUCAACCAAAGGAAGCUCAAUUUCUAUAAACCUAAACCCUAGUUCAGCCUCAAACUCGCAGCGAUUCUCCAAGAACAUGAAGAAAUCCAAGGCUACGAUAAUUGGAUUGCCGAAAUCUCAGAAAGCUUCCUUCGCGGAAGUUAGAUGCCGGCGUAGCCAUCGGCCGGGGAACACUAGGUUGUUUCCGAAACGAAGCGCCUUAACCGGAGGAAAAUCUGAGUCCGCCGUUUUGGAACCUUCGUCUCCGAAGGUUUCAUGCAUGGGAAGAGUCAGAUCCAAACGAAGCUGUAAUCACCGGUUGAGAACUCGUCAGAGGUCGAUUUCCUCCACCACCACCUCCGUAACCGUCGUUAGACAAAAAUCUUCACGUAGUCAAAGAAAGAAGAAAACCGGUUUCAUCCAAAGCGUUUGCGCAAUUUUUCGAAGUCACCGGAGUGGAAAAUCAGCGCCACAAACGGAUCUUCCACCGGGAGAUUCUUCAAAGAAGAUGGCGAGCCGAAUCGAGACGUCGUUUGAAGAAUCGGUUUACAGUGAACCGCCCGGUUUGGGUUCAAUGAACCGGUUCGUGUCAGGGAGGCGGUCCGAGUCAUGGGGAGUAGGUGACGCUGAAAUCAACUCUUCACAUUAG